AUGGCCACCGCCGCAGCACGUCCACUUGUCACCGUGCAAGCCCUAGAAGGAGAUAUGGCCACCGAUACAGCAACAACCCUCCCCAUUCCCGAUGUCAUGCGUGCUUCAAUUCGUCCUGACAUCGUAAAUUUUGUCCACUCCAACAUCUCCAAUAACAGCCGUCAGCCCUACGCUGUCAGUCGUCGUGCCGGUCACCAAACCUCCGCUGAAUCAUGGGGAACUGGUCGUGCUGUUUCCCGUAUCCCUCGUGUUGCAGGUGGUGGAACUCACCGUGCCGGUCAGGCAGCAUUCGGAAACAUGUGUCGUGGUGGUAGGAUGUUUGCACCAACCAGGAUCUGGCGCCGCUGGCACCGUAAGAUCAACGUUAACCAGAAGCGUUACGCAGUUGUUUCCGCCAUUGCAGCCUCUGCAGUUCCCUCCCUCGUUCUCGCUCGUGGUCACAGGAUCGAGACUGUUCCCGAGUUUCCUCUCGUUGUUGGUGAUUCUGCUGAAGGAGUGGAGAAAACAAAGGAAGCUAUCAAAGUUCUGAAGAAGAUCGGAGCUUUUCCUGAUGCUGAGAAAGCAAAAGACAGCCAUGGCAUUCGUCCUGGCAAGGGAAAAAUGCGUAACCGUCGCUAUAUCUCUCGUAAGGGUCCACUCAUUGUCUACAGCACCGAAGGAGCUAAAGCUGUGAAAGCUUUCAGGAACAUCCCUGGCGUUGAGAUAACCAAUGUGGAGAGAUUGAAUCUGUUGAAGCUUGCACCUGGUGGACAUUUGGGUAGGUUUGUGAUUUGGACCAAAUCUGCAUUUGAGAAAUUGGAUUCGAUUUACGGGUCAUUUGACAAGGCUUCUGAGAAGAAGAAAGGGUAUGUUCUACCUAGGGCAAAGAUGACGAACUCUGAUUUGACUAGAAUCAUUAAUUCCGAUGAAGUUCAAUCUGUUGUGAGACCUAUUAAGAAGGAAGUUAAGCGUGCAACUCUUAAGAAGAAUCCUCUUAAGAAUCUUAAUGUUAUGCUUAGACUUAAUCCUUAUGCUAAGACAGCAAAGAGAGCGGCUUUGCUUGCUGAGGCUCAGCGUGUUAAGGCUAAGGCAGAGAAGCUUGAUAAGAAGAGGAAGACUGUUUCUAAGGAGGAAGCUUCUGCUAUCAAAGCUGCAGGAAAAGCUUGGUACAACACCAUGGUCUCAGAUUCUGAUUAUACCGAGUUUGACAACUUCUCUAAGUGGCUGGGGGUUUCACAGUGA